UGCAUCCUCCUACAAAAGGAGGGGCCUCCACCUCAGUGUCCCUCACCGUGUGCUCAGUGUUCAUCUUCUCCAAAACUUCAAUCAGGUUGUCCCUCUGAUCUCCUGAAGAAGAAUGGAUUCAAUCCAGAGGCAGGACUCCUUUGAUGACUUGAUUAACCUCGCCGACGAUGUGGUUGUGGAGGCGCCUACUCUCUCCAGCGAGGAGAUGGACCGUGCAAGGAGGGAGGCUCUGGAGAUACUGAGAAACAACUCCCCUGAAGAGGCUUUCAGGAUUUUCACCCAGGGUUUAAUAGGGCAGGUGGUUCAGAGCCCUGUGGUGGGCAAUGCUACUACUCCUCCUACUACCAAUCAGGCCGUGACCGUGAGCGUCCCUCCCAAGGCCGGCGACGGCGAGCCCAAGACCGCACCCCGUCCUCCGAACAACUGACCGAGAUCGACUCGCGGCCGGUCGGGUCGAGAAGCCUACCUGCUCCUGCGGUGCGUGCGCCGUCCAGCUCCUCUACCCGCUCUGUGCCUGAGAAUAAUCGUGUCUAGUGUGCUGAACACCAGCCGUUUCCUUUAGAGAAGUUAAACCAUGUUUGUUUUUUUAUGGCGGCC